CCACGCAUCCACUGUAUUGCACGGCACGGUGUUGUAUUACGCAACCGACGCGAUUAUAAUGAGCGACGAUGAUCGAGACAUUGACAUUGAGAGCGACGAAGGUGACGAUUCCGAUUCUAGACAGAGACAUUCAAACAAUACCCAAUAUUAUUCUCAAGCAGAAAAACGAGCACACCACAAUGCGUUGGAGCGCAAGAGGAGAGAUCACAUUAAGGAUAGUUUCUCGAGCCUUAGAGACUCUGUACCUGCAUUGCAAGGAGAGAAAGUUGCAAGUAGAGCGCAGAUACUUAAGAAAGCUGCGGAGUAUAUACAGUUUAUGCGUCGCAAGAACACUUCUCAUCAACAGGAUAUUGACGACUUGAAACGCCAGAAUAAUCUCUUGGAGUCUCAAAUUAGAGCACUUGAAAAAGCAAAGAUAACGGGCAACUUUGCGGCAGAAACCUGCGAAGUGAAAUCAGAAGUACCAAUGCCUGGUUAUAACGAUACGGAAUCUGAAUCCUCGGACAGUGAAGCUAGCAGAACAGUGCGUCAAACAAAAAAACUGAAAGUUGCAGGUCUUCAUCAUUGACCAAUGGUUCGGCCCGUUUGUUUUAAUAAAAACUUAUCUUUUCUUUGUAAUUAAAUUCAGUUAUAAAAUCAACACUUCCUCUUUGAAAUGGAAAGAAAAAGAAAAGGAUUUUCAGCGGAAUUUUAACACACCAUCGGCGGGUUACAGCGCGCGCUUUAUUGAUGUGCCUAGAGGGCCUAGCGAUGUAUGAAAAGAAUGCACUUAGAAAACAUGUAAUAUCUUCAAAACUAAUAGUAGGAUUUCAAUGAAAUUUGGAAAAUAAGCAGUAUAUAGUAUUUUAAACAUAUUGAUGAAAUCAAAAGAAAAUGAAAUUUUUAAUUUAGUUUUUUAUUUCUUCAUUUAAUGUAUAACAUGGACGGGGCAUUUUUCGUUCACGUAAUAAGACAAAAGUAUACUAAUUUUUACAAAUACUUUUUCAUCCAGUUUUUUGUAUAGUAAUUUUAUUUUAUUCUAUAUUUUACUCUAUAUUUUUUAAACUAUGGUAUUUUUGGGAACACUCACCCUAAUCUCGCCAAAUUUACACAUACAAGAAGUCAAACUUUUCUUUUUAUUUCUUUUUAUUCACUGUACAAACGCAACAUUUUUAUGCAGUAACAAUUUAACGCAGUAACAAUUUUUAUAAUUUCAUGUUUCCGCAAGUCUGAUGACAAUCGUCCAGGAGGAUCUUUCUUUACUGUAGGCCUUCUGUACCCAGAAACAGUACAGAGUAUUUGCUGAAUCAAAAAAUGUACUUCCUACAAAAAGUAUUAAUAUCUUUUCUGCCGAUAGUGUGUUAAUGUCUCAUAGCCAAUGUACAAAUUACAAAUUAUAGAUAAUACUAUUGAUUCAUUUAAAGAUUAAUGAAACAACAUGUUUCUUUAAUACUUUGGAGUAGUCUUUUAAAAUGUUUUACAAAUUUGUAAGUUCUAGAAUUUUUUCUUUAUUUUCUUUAUUUUCUCUCAGAAUCAUUCAUUUGUUUAUUUGUCACGCCCCAAGAGGGCCAACUUUCGGCGGACUUAAUGUAUUAUGCGUACAAUGCAUACUUAACCUGGUGAUCGCCAUCGAUCCAUAAGUAGGCUGCACCCACCAGCGGCUGAUGAUGUUUAUACCUUCAAAAUUUAUGGUAACCCAAAACCCUAACCCAAACCUAACCCGGGAUUACCCACGUGGGGUCUAGUGCACGUACAUCCCGGCACUAGACCCCCAGAUGGGUAAUCCCCGGGUUAAGAACAGACACUGUUAGGACACCAGAUCAGGCUAACUCAUCCUGGUUGCCGACUGAAGAGAAAGUUUGAGAAAUGAAUUGAAUAGAUAUUAGUAGGGAGAGUUGAACGCAAAAAUCCGCAGUGACGUAGAAACUGCUCUAAAACGUCGGGAGACAUCACAUAUUCAAGGUUAUUUGUCGUAAUCAUUCUAUUGUAAAUUUAUGAAAAGUUCUGAAAUUAUUAAAUAUACGCUUAAUUAUAGAAUUUA